UAUUUUCGCAGGUGGACUAUCGUAGAUUCCGAUUCGGCCUGGCGCGCGAAUUCCCCGGCAAUGAAUCAUUAUCAUCUGCGUGGAGGCGAAAUCGCAAAAUAUUUUACAGCGGGCAGUCUCCUCUUCUCGUUUCGAUCGAGGGGGGAACGCGUUCUGAAACCUGCGCUUCUGAGAUACCCUAAGAUACCGGCAUGCCCGUCGCCGUUCACUUAAUAGCUCCCAGUUGCGCUGUCAUUAUCUCACGACAAUCGCUCUGAAUUUUCAUGACAUAAAACUUACGUCAGCUUUUCCGCCUGCACGCGCUUCGCCGAAGCGCGUUUAUACAUCUUCGAAGUCGGCAUUUAUCUGCGAGCCCCGUUCGCGAGUGAUCGAUCAAACUGAUAACGCUUGGUUCUUACAGAGCGGACCUACGUUUCGUCACUGUCCUCCUGACACGUGUCGCGAGACGUUGAACGAGGAGGACAAAGACGGCAUGCGGAUCUCAGAGAGGUAACGAGCCGACGCGAGUUUCGAGCGGCAGGCGCAUUAUCGCGGGAAUUAAAUGGGACGAAAGGCAUCGUACGUGGUCUCGAGCGGCGUGACAAAUCGUGCCUUCGUCAUAGACGAGCCAGUAAAUCUGAAUGGCAUCGACGUUAAUGGGCCCACUCGUGGAACUAGCGCGCGGAAGCCGGAGCGCCAGAAAUGGGGGAACGACAGGGAAUUCCUGCUAUCCUGCAUCGCCAUGUCGGUCGGCCUUGGCAAUAUAUGGCGAUUCCCGUUCACGGCGUACGAGAACGGCGGCGGCGCCUUCCUGAUACCGUACAUCAUCAUCCUGAUCGUCGUGGGGAAGCCGUUUUACCUGCUGGAGAUGAUCCUAGGACAGUUCUCCAGCCGGUCGGCCGUGAAGAUCUGGGACCUCGCGCCGGCAUUCAGAGGCGUUGGCGCCGCACAAUUUAUAACACUGCUGGCACUGGCGUCCUAUUACUGCCCGCUGAUGGCGUUGACCCUGUUCUACCUCGUCGCCAGCUUCCAGCCGGAAUUACCAUGGGGAAGAUGCUGGGAGGAAUGGGGCGAGUUCUGCGUAGACUCUUUAACCAGCAACCACAGUGUUAGAGCCGGGAACAUCAGCUACGCCAGCUCUGCUGAGCUGUAUUUCUACAAAGAAGUGCUACGGGAGAAGGACAACAUCGACGACGGCAUCGGUACACCAGACUGGCGUCUGUCGAUCGCGCUAUUCGUUAGCUGGCUGACGGUCUUCCUCGUGGUGAUACGCGGUGUACGGAGUUCCGGCAAGGCGGCGUACUUCCUGGCGAUAUUUCCCUACGUGGUCCUCAUCGUGCUGCUCGUAAGGGCGGUCACGUUGGAGGGAUCGACCACUGGUAUCUUGUACUUCAUCACGCCGACGUGGGAGAAGCUGCUGACGCCGAUGAUCUGGUACCACGCUGUCGCCCAAUGCUUCUUCUCCUUGACCGUUUGCUUCGGGGCCGUCGUCAUGUUCGCCUCGCACAACAAGUUCCACCAUGACCUGUAUCGGGACGCGAUGAUCGUGACGACUCUGGACACCUUCACCAGUCUGCUGGCCGGUUGCACGAUCUUCGGCAUUCUGGGCAACCUCAGCCGCGAGCUGGGGAUCGAGGAUGUCGGCGCAGUGGUCCGAGGUGGCACCGGAUUGGCGUUCAUUUCCUAUCCGGAAACGAUCGCCAAGUUCACGAUCGCACCGCAGUUCUUCGGCGUCGUGUUCUUCGCGAUGCUAUUCGUCCUGGGUAUCGGCAGCGAGGCCGGUCUCGCCUCCGCCAUAAUUUCCAUCGUGCACGAUCAGUUCCCGAAGGUGAAACACUGGCACGUCGCGGUAGGCACUUGCCUCUGCGAGUUCUUGAUCGGUCUCAUAUACGUCACGCCGGGCGGUCAGUUCAUGGUAACCUUCGUCGAUUAUUACGUGACCUCAUUUAUCGCUUUUCUACCGGCUGCUUUCGAAAUGAUUGCCGUCGCUUGGGCGUACGGACUGUCUAACUUGCUGAACGACGUCGAAUUUAUGCUGAAGAGACGUCUGUCGAUGUUCUGGCGAGUCUGCUGGAGCGUCCUCACUCCUGGAAUUAUUCUCGUAAUCUUCAUUUAUGCAUUCGCCAAUCUCGAAAUGCUAAAAUACAACAAGAACUUUUAUCCUUCCUUGGUUUACGUCGUAGGUUGGAUCCUCUUCUCUAUCGCUGUUCUCCAAAUUCCUUUGUGGAUUAUCAUUGCGAUAGUCAGAAAGAGACAUCUUCCUUUCCAAAAAAUGAUCAAGCAAGCUUUCCGGCCGGCGAAAUCAUGGGGUCCGAGCAACGCGGAAGAUCGUAGAAGAUGGCUGGCCUUCAGAGAUCAGUGCGACGCGGAAGAGAAAUAGUAUCGGGAAUGCAAAUCGUCGCUUCCGUAUAAUUUUCGAGAGGCGACACUUCUAUGUCUCAACUAUGUCUCAACUUCGAUGGAGUAGACCUCGUACAACUGCUCGCGUCACACUCGCUGUUUUUGCAAUCGACAAAACUUAGCGUUACAAUUACCGGCAUAUAUAUCAUUACUAUGUCAUUGCUAUCACGGCACUAUGCGUAAUGAUGAUAAUAAGUGUUUUCGUCCCCGAUGUUCCGUGCAAAUCGCGACUCACUCGUCCUUGCUACAUAACUGUCAUAAGCCUCGUGGAAAAUGGAGUCGUGUGAAUUUGACGAUGUCGCCAUGACCUGGCGAGCAUAGCGUACCUGCAACAUUAAAGCACUGAGCAACAUUGUUCCUUUAAAACCAAAUUUUUAGAAAAAGAACAUGAAAUAUAUUUUACAAGCUUGAUCUUCCGCGAAAGGAAUGCGAAGCAAUCGCGAUAGCAUUGCUACUUAAUACGCAUAAUUAUCAAUUGACAAAUUAUAUAAGAUUUACAUCGCGAUUUAGACUGAUAAGAAAAGGAGGAAAGUGCCUUUAAAUUUGCAUGUUAACUUUGCGCGGACGAUUUGUACGGACGAUUUCACGUUUUAUUAUGCAAGAGCACGAGCGAGAUAAGUGCUGCGUCUAUCUUUGUCUCUCUUCACUUGACGCCGGGAGAACCUACCGGUUCUCCUUUCGCUUGGAAAGGUCCUGCGUCAUUGCGCACUAAGCGUGACGUAUGGUGACAUCACGCAACUGUGACGUACGGGAUUAUUGCGAAUAUAGAAAAUACAAAGGAAAAAAA